CUACUACAUGUCUUCAUGUCGAGUUGCGUCCCUUGGAUUGAUGGUGACAUGGAAGCGAAACUAGCCGAGUACAGAGCUAAGAAAGCUAAGGAGAAAAAUGAUACUGACAUCAACUACAGAAUUUUGCAGAGAGCUUUUUACAAAUCUUCUGAGAUCAAUGAGAAAUCAGAAGAGCAUAGAACAGAGAACACUACACCAGCUUCAUUCAAAGAACCAAACAGUACAAAAAAGGAAAUGGAGACCUUGCCUUCAGAAGAAGAAUGCAAAACAACAAACACACCUUUCUCUUGGCUUCUGCUUUUUCUCAAGAUUUUGCUAUGGAUGAGUCUCUGGAGAAUAUUCAUUGAACUUCAGUUUGGGGCUGUCUUCUUUGCUGUGUCUGCUCUUAUUUUCAUUUACUUUAACACACGGACAGGGAAAAGUAAAUCCAACACUCUGAGUGCAUACUCAGUGUUUAAUCCAAACUGUGAACGGUUGCAGGGCACCAUCACUGCAGAGCAAUUUGAACGAGAAUUACUACAUAGACCAACCCAAGAUACAGUUUCUUAAUGCCAUAAUGAACCAUUUUGGUGGAAUAUUGGAAUCUUUCAUGCUAAAGAAAAGCACAUGAUAAGAAACUGUUAUAUAGGUUUAAAAAUUUGAAUGUUCAGCUGAAU